AUCCUACCCGAUAUGAUUGCUCCCAAAAUCUCGCUCUCUUUGGCGGAGAAACUGGACUUGGUGCCAGCUCUUGCGUCAAUUACUUUGACAGUUUUCUGGGCCCUCCUGACCUCCCUUUGGCGUUCUACCGCAUACCCCAAGACGCUGGUGCUUCAUAUUGGCUAUGCGGCAUUCCGCAAAGCCACGGCCCGCUUGACAGUGGCCCAAAUGCAAUAUGCCCUUCCAACCACGGACCAAAACUACGAACGUUACGUCCGGAAGCACAAGCUACCCUCCAAGACAGUAGACUUGGGUGACGGGGCUCUAGGACAUUGGAUCGGGGACCCGAAAGCGGACAAUAUCUUGAUUUGGUAUCACGGAGGCGGCUUCGCCCUCCCCGCCAACAGAGGCUACUUCCAGUUCUUCUUGAACCUUAUAACUCAUCUGCGGAAAUAUCACAACAAAUCGCUCUCCAUCUUCACACUAACCUACACUCUCGCUCCGGGGGCCACUUACCCAACGCAACUCCGCCAAGCAACCUCCGCCCUCCGCCAUAUUCUAACUACUCACUCCCCAUCCCAAAUCCUCCUCGGCGGGGACUCCGCAGGCGGGAACCUCGUCGGUGGAGUCCUCUCCCACCUCGCUCAUCCCCACCCUCAGAUCGCCCCCAUCCCUUGUGAAGGAACCCUCCGCGGAGCCAUCAUGAUCGCUCCCUGGACCAGUCUAGCCUCGGACUACACCGACCAGGAGAUUGACUCGCGCGGGGACCUGAUUACCCCCGCUGUUGCGGGGCCCUGGGCGCAGGCGUAUCUUGGAUCCGGAGAACGGGACCAUUAUACGGAUCUCUCGAGCGCGCCGGCAGAGUGGUUUGAGUCUUUCCCCGUGGAGAAGGUGUUGGUUUGUGGGGGCGGGAGAGAGAUUUUGUUGCCUGUGAUUGAGGGGUUUGUGGAGAAGUUGAGGGAGGGAUUCAAGGGGGAAAUGGAGUUUUGUGUUGGAGAGGGAGAGGGACAUGUGGCGCCGAUCUAUAAUUUGUAUAUUGGCGAGAAAGAGGAGACGGGGCAGGGGAUGAGGGUGAGGGGGUGGUUGGGGGAGACUUUGUGA